GAGGUGGUUUCCGGGGUGGACGAGGAAGAGGCUGGGGAGGACGUGGCAAUCGUAGUCGAGGAAGAAUCUACUGAGUAGACCCUUGUAUCUUCCCUGGCCCCAAUGGGCUAAAGCGAAAGUACACUCAGCAAAAGAUUGCUUGGAGUAUUGUUUCCUUCAAGGACUGCCUUCCGCUAAGACUGACUUAAAUGUUCUUUAUACCUUUGUAUGUAUGAUCUACUUUUCUAACGGACUACAACUUGUCCAUAGUGAAACUACAACUGUAUUUUUGGAUGCUUACAGUCAGCAGUUUUGGGUUCUUAUUUUUGAAGUGUCUUCAGGAUUUAUUCAAAAUUGGAAAAGAGCAUAGAUGUUUUAUCAAAACUUACAUCUUGAUUGUUUGCAUAUUAACCUAAAAAUCAGCUACUGCAUUACUGAUACUAUGUAAUUGAUUUUAUGUAUUAAGUAAUGGAUAGGAAAGGCAUGACUACAGAGAUACGUCAGAUAAGCUUAGCACCUAAAGUAAUCCUUUCCUCGUCUGUAAUCAUAUUUUGCAAUAUGUGGAGAAGAGUACCAUUGUUAGAUUUGCUUUUAUUUACUUACAAUGAACUUGACUGAGAGACAUGCUGGUUUUCUGAAGUUUGCAACUUGGUUGGAAAUUUAUUUUGCUUGUAGCAUGAAGCAGUCCUUUUACUUAGAAACGUGGAGAAUGUGGUGUUCUUUUGUUUUGUACAUCUUACUCUUCUCCGUGCAUUGUAAUGCAAAAGUGCUGUUUUGCAAAGGAAUUUUAAAUGUUUGAUAUGAAUACGUGCAUAUACUUAUGCCAGGAAAUGAACAGGAAAAACAAAACAAUAAAUCACUAGAAUUAUUCCAGGAAUGGGCAAAGACUGAUGCAGUGAUUAAGCUUUGUAGACUGGAGCUGGACCGUAGCAGUACCUGGCUCUUUUCUGUGUUUUGCAGAUUUCUGGGUUAGUUGGCACUCAAGGGUUGUGUUUUUGUUUUGUCUUUUUACCAAUACAGUUGCAUUUAAAAAUAUAUAAAUAAAAUUGUAUUUUGGGUAACGUUGAAAAAUUCCAGCAGUGUAGUCGAAUUCAAGUGGAAAAAUUAACAAAUCCAUGCUAUUGUUUUUUUUCAUAGCAACUUGGAGUUCUUAUUAUUUACUGGUGUACACCCAGAAAAUACAAUGUAAGAGCACAAUGCUUUUUUUUUUAUUCUCACCACUUAAAAUUUUUACUUCUCAGGUCACUCAACAUUGUAAAGGGGUAGCUGGUAGUAAAAAAAAAAAAAAAAAAAAAAGAAAAAACAAAAUUUGGGGCAGGGGAAGAGAAUUUCUAACAAGACUUCCAGGGCAUGUUGAUGUACAAUAGCUUAGGCUGUAGAAGAAUGAAGAUCUUUUCUUAUCCUCCCUUUUUUUUCUGCGGUCAUUUGGUAUCCACAUAUGAAUGCUUGAAAGUGAUGUUUUGCCACCUAGUUCCAUUUGUAUUUGCUUGUGAAUCUGACUCAGGUGUCUUCAUUAACACUUUGAUUAUUUAUCACUGCAGUCAAAAAGGCAGAAUACCAAAAUUAUGUCAAAGUUGGAGUUAUUGACCAAAUUGUUAGUCUAUUUUUGCUCAACUCUGGAGCAGCAGGCAUCGAACUUAGGACAUUCCAAGACAUGGGAGCUAACCUGUACUUCUGAAUGCAUGCCAGCUGCUGAAAUCAGGUUUGUCACUAAAAGCAACAAACUUGGCGAAGAAUUUUUCAAGCACAAAUGCAUGAGAUCAAACUGUCACUCUGAAAACAGGCACUAGAUGGUAACAAGCUUUCAUUGAAGGAAAGAAGGAAGAUAUUUUGCACUUGUGGCAAUAAUUUGUUGUCUUGAGGGGAUUUAAAAAUGUAAUCUCCAAGCCUAAAUGAUGCUUGCAUUUAGAUUAAUAGCUAGGCACUAGCAGCUUAUUUUCUCACUGAGUUUGGAGUGAGCUUUCGUGGGGCUCCUGUUUUCCAGAGAUGACGUGCAAAGUUCUUGUAGCCUCAGAAGUAGUUAGAUUUUCUCCCUCACUUUCAUAUUUAACUUAAAUGCAGUGAGUUCUUGUGGAGACACCUGUUCACCAUCUUGAUGACUUGUAAAUGUUCCCUUAUGCUUUUGGAAUAAAUUCAUUUUGUAAUUUUGUUUGGCUCAUUGUUUUACAGUUACUCUGCAGCAUUUUAUGCUGGCUUAGUAGCAGGGUGCUGUGCCUCAUUUUGGUUUAAUGACUUACUCAUGAGAUUGCCAUAAAUGUAUUGGGCCGUUUGUCAUUAAGGAAUAUUUUUCAAGACUGUAUUAGCUGCUUCAAUGUGAGUAAUUCAACUGAAAUAGAAAAUUUUGGACAGUCAUUUAAAUAUUCAACACAGGCUGCGUGUCUCACGGAUCCAUUAUGUUUUAUUUGGGAAUGUAUCAUGAAAAGGAGACGUUGUCACAUUCACGUAAUAUUCUAGAUGUUGCCAGUGCAAUAAAAUAUGUUGGUGUCUUGACAGCAACAGCGGCUUGGAGUAAAGGCCUGAUUUAUUUGGUGAGCAGUGCAGCCUCAUGUGAGAACCUGGGCAACUGUAAGUACCACAACUGUGGGACUGUUGCGUCCUUAAGGGAACGCAAACCCUUGUCUUAGUCAACCGCUCUGUCAGCAUUUGUAAACUUCUUUCUUAAUUGCAGGUGCUGGCUGUGUGUUACAGGCACGCUUUUCUGUCCGGCAGGCUGAGGAAGGCAGCUGUCCUGAAGGAGCACAACUGCUCGCAACUCGGCUGCGAACGCUGCAGAAAGGUACAACGGACCGAAACCUGAAUUUGGAAAUCCUGGUUGGGCCUGGGACGUCGUGGCUACAGCUGAGCCGGUGUUCCUCGUAGUGAACGUGGAUGCCGUCAGCUGGAGUAGAAACGAAAAGUAAUUCAUAAGUAUAUGAAGGAAAGGCGGGCCGCCUCGGGGAGGGCCCUGGCAGAGCGCGGCACCCGGGGGGGGGGCCUGCGGCCCCGCCCCGUCCGGAGCCCACCUCCCAAAAUGGCGGAGCGUGUGUUUCCGGUUCCGGGUGGUGCGGGCAGGCCGGGAUUAGGGAAGAUGGCGGCGGCAGCGGCGUCCGGGUGGGGCGGGCUGGGACGGGCGUGGGUCUUCUCCGGCUGGGCGCUGGGCUUGUGCUCGUUGCUGGCCUCGGGGACGCGGCCCGCCGCCGCCACCACGCACUGGGUGGUCACGGAGGACGGGAAGAUCCAGCAGCAGGUGGAUUCACCAAUGAACUUGAGGAACCCACAUGACUUGGUAAUACUAAUGAGACAAGAAACAACAGUUAACUACCUCAAAGAACUGGAGAAACAGUUAGUUGCUCAGAAGAUUCAUAUAGAGGAAAAUGAGGACAGAGACACAGGGCUGGAACAAAGGCAUAAUAAAGAAGACCCGGACUGCAUUAAAGCAAAGGUGCCCUUAGGGGACCUAGAUCUGUACGAUGGCACCUACAUCACCUUAGAGAGCAAAGAUAUCCGGCCUGAAGACUAUAUAGACACAAAGUCUCCGGUGCCUCCAGACCUGCAGCAGCCAGACUGUACAAAAGUUCUUGAUCUUCCAUACAGCAUUCAUGCUUUUCAGCACUUACGGGGUGUCCAGGAAAGAGUUAAUCUUUCUGCACCCUUGUUACCUAAAGAAGAUCCAAUCUUCACAUACUUAUCACGGAGGCUGGGAAGAAGUAUAGAGGAAAUAGGUCAUCGUAUUUAUGACGGGCUAAUGAAGAACUCUUCUUCCUGGGUACUUUAUAAUAUGGCUUCUUUUUACUGGCGAAUAAAGAAUGAACCAUACCAAGUAGUAGAAUGUGCCAUGCGCGCCCUUCAUUUCUCUUCAAGGCAAAAUAAAGACAUUGCAUUGGUAAAUUUGGCAAAUAUUCUGCACCGAGCUCACUUCUCUGCGGAUGCAGCUAUUGUGGUCCACGCAGCUCUGGAUUACAGUGACUUCUUUACCAGCUAUUACACUUUGGGAAAUAUAUAUGCAAUGCUCGGGGAGUACAACCACUCGGUCCUGUGUUACGAUCAUGCUCUACAGGCCAAGCCAGGGUUUGAGCAAGCUGUGAAAAGGAAGCAUGCUGUAUUAUGUCAGCAAAAAUUAGAGCAAAAACUGGAAGCUCAGCAUAGAUCACUUCAGCGAACCUUAAAUGAAUUGAAGGAAUAUCAGAAGCAGCAUGACCAUUACCUCAGGCAGCAAGACGUUUUAGACAAAUACAAGCUCAUCCAGGAGGAACAAAUCCUGAGGAACAUAAUUCAUGAGACCCAAAUGGCAAAAGAAGCUCAAUUAGGGAACCAUCAGAUCUGUAGAUUGAGCAACCAGCAGCACAGCUUGCACUGCCAGUGGGACCAGCCUGUUCGCUAUCACCGUGGGGACAUUUUUGAAAAUGUGGAAUAUGUUCAGUUUGGUGAAGACUCUUCAACUUCAAGUAUGACAUCUCUGAAUUUUGAUCUUCAUGCGAACCAAAGUGGCCACAGCCAAUCCUUACAGUCUUCCCCUGUUGCUCGUUCCAUCGUUUCAGUGUGGAGUGUAGAAUCCAAUAGAGACAAACAGCACCUUCUUUGGCCUCAGCGUUCAGAAUGUAUGAAAUCUUUCCCCAAAAUUCCUGAUCCAGAAGAGCUGCCAACUUAUUUUCUGCCCCCAGAAAAUAGAGGAUUCAGAAUCCAGUCAAUCCUAAAUAUCCCAAGAGAAGCUGUUGGGCAUGAAGACACCCAGGUACCAGACUGUUCUUCCAUUACUGAUGCUCGUAACAAUGAAUCUCUCUACCUACUCGUCAGAGAACUAGAUGGUAAUCUAGAUUUGAAAAUGAAGAUGCCGGAUGAUCAAGCAAGACAAAUCUUGCAUUCUCGAAUCAACAAUCAAGCUAUUACACAGGAGAAGAUGGAAGCAUUUCUUGAUCAUGCCAUGAAAAAGCCUCAAGAUCCUCUAUGGCUUGUGCUUAAUGAAGCUGGAUUGUACUGGCGUGCAGUUGGAAAUAGCACCUUUGCUAUCACCUGUUUGCAAAAAGCAUUUAAUUUGGCUCCACAUGAGUAUCAGGACAUCCCUCUGGUCAAUCUUGCUAACCUCUUGAUUCAUUAUGGUCUUCAUUUGGAUGCCAGCAGGCUCCUGCUUCAGGCUUUGGCCAUCAAUGCCUCUGAGCCCCUGACUUUUUUGAGCUUGGGAAAUGCCUAUCUGGCUCUGAACAACAUUAGUGGAGCCCUGCAGGCCUUCAGACAUGCACUGGAUUUGACUACCAAGUGUUUGGAAUGUGAAAGCAGCCUGAAGAUGAUCCGCUGUCUGCAGUUCUAUCCUUUUCUCUACAACAUCACCUCUUCUGUGUGCAGUGGUCACUGUCAUGAGAAAAGUUCAGAAGGUAGUCAUGACAAGGAGAAAUACUUUGAUGACCACCAUGAGUCAGUCACAGGAAUGGCAGAAGGACAUUCUGAGGGAGGUACAGAAGAUACAGAAAUCCUCACUCAGCGUUCCGUAAGGGAUCCCUCCAUCUUGAAACUGGAAAACACUGUUACUGCAGAAAGCAAUGGUUCAGAAGGAAUGGAGAGUUUAGAAGAUGAUCAGAUGUCUGAAGAGAUGCUGGCUUUGGUGGAUGAGUUUGAAAACUCAUGGCCUCAAGAAGCUUUUGAAGGAGCGCUGGAAGUAAAAGGUCGUCGGAUGGACUUACAGGGAAUCCGUGUCCUAAAGAAGGGAGCUCAGGAUGGCCUGGCAAGCUCCUGUUUUGGGGACUGUGGUGAUGAUGAUGAAGCUGAAUGGAUCACUUUUCAGGUCAAACGUUUAAAGAAACCAAAAGCUGAUAGCUUGGAUCUCCAGGAGCCAACUGGGAGAAAUGGAGAAGAAGGGACUAAUGGAGAAAACGAAAACUUCUACCAAACUGCCUUGGAAAUCAGUGGACCAAAGAUACCUUCUCCUGGACCAAUCGGAAAGAGGCAUGACUAUCGGAGCCUUGGGUGGCCGAGUCCUGAUGAAUGUCUGAAACUGCGUAGGGUAGAGCUCACAACUGUGGCCAGCACGUGGCUCGCUGUUUCUGCUAAAAACAUUGACAUUACAGAACACAUUGAUUUUGCAACACAACUGCAAGAACCAGCCAUGGAGCCCCUUUGUAACCCCAAUCUCCCAGCUAGUAUGCAUACUUUGGACCACCUGCAAGGUGUCUCUAGUCGAGCAAGCCUGCAUUACACUGGAGAGAGUCAGCUUAAAGAGGUGCUACAGAAUCUUGGCAAAGACCAGUACUCACCACAGUCGUUAGAACAAGUUGGUACUCGAAUAGCCAAAGCUCUGGAAAAGAAUCAGACUUCAUGGGUCCUCUCUAGCAUGGCAGCUCUCUACUGGAGGGUGAAAGGCCAAGGAAAGAAGGCGAUUGAUUGUUUACGGCAAGCAUUACACUAUGCACCCCAUCACAUGAAGGAUGUACCACUAAUAAGCCUGGCAAACAUCUUCCACAACGCCAGACUUUGGAAUGAUGCCAUCAUUGUGGCUACCAUGGCAGUGGAAAUAGCACCACACUUCGUGGUUAAUCAUUUCACACUGGCGAAUGUCUACGUAGCAAUGGAAGAGUUCGAAAAGGCGAUGAAAUGGUAUGAGUCAACAUUAAAACUUCAGCCGGAGUUUGCCCCAGCAAAGAAUCGAAUCCACACCAUUCAGUGUCAUUUACUUAUGAAAAAAGAGCGACGGUCUCCAUAGAGAUGGGCGUUUUUUCUCUUUUUUUCUUCUUUUCUUUAAAGCCAUUCUUCACUACUCUGCUUUUAAGUGUGCUAAGAUAAAUUGAUGAAUCAAAAUUUUUAACAAGGCUUCUGGAAAGAGAUGGGAUUUGGAUCAAGGGUUCUUUUAUCUUUUCUCAGAUAUAGAGGCAUCAUUGGAAAGUGUUUCACAGACAAUAAUUUUAAAACAUCCAUGUAAAUAUUAAACCGAGGAAGUUCCAUGAGUCCAUAACCACCUGUACCAGGACCCGGGCACCAUUAGUUUCUCCUUAAUGCUCAGAUUGGCAUUCAGCAUCCAAAAUGACUUGCUUCAUGUCUUAUAAUCUAGGUCAAUAGAAAUGCAAAGCACACACCCAUACUAAAUAGUAAGAAGAGAUAAUCAGCAGUUCAUCCAUGUGAAAUUCAUGCUUUGUCCAGUCCUGUUUACUCCAUGCAACGUUGCCUGCUUUUUUUGGAAGGAGAGGCACAGAAUUUCAAACAUUUAUUUAGGAAACAAAAUAAAAAGGAGUUAGGAACAUCUAGCAUUUUUGGCAUGAUUUAUUUCUGUUGGAGAUGAGGGAAUGAAGGGUGGGGAACACCAGGACACUGAAGUCAAAGUGUUUUUUUUUUUUAAUCUUACUCGCAGGGAAAAAAAAAAAGAAAAAGAGUAGAAAACCCAAUAAGAUGUUUUAUAUUUGUCUGUAUAUUCAUAGCCUUCUGCCUCCCUGAAUGGUUGUUUUACUGAUUCUUUGUUCACUGUAUUUCUAGUCAUUUCAGAGUAAGGUGCAAGUUUCUUCUCUGAGCCAUACUUUCAUCAACUGAGAAGGAGCAGGGAGGCAUUGUCAAGGUAUCAUCAGCAAAUGAGUCAGAUGGAAGAUUUCCAAAUCAGUUUUCUCUUUGGUUGGUGGAGGACAUGUUUCUCCAUGCAUACAUUGUUGAAUUAACAAGGGCACAUAUUUCAAAUAAAUUGUUUAUGAACAAAA